AUGCCGGAUUCAGACGGAAGCGGCAGCAACGAGCAGGCGUCGAAUGCCGCUGCAUUAAAAUCGUUAAAAUCGAAAAGAGCACAAAUCAAGCGUCAAUGUACUAGAGUAGCCACAUAUCUAGAGACGUCAGGCGUGCAAAGCGCCUCUCCGGUCGAGCUUCGUCAGAGACUACAUAAAGUUAACGAGACAUGGGACGCGUUUAACGAUGUUCAAUCGGCUAUUGAAGAAAUAGAGAUAACCUCAGAUAAUACGGACAGUCACGAUGAAGAACGGCGGGCUUUUGAAGAGAAAUAUUUUGCUAUCGCGUCCGGGCUCGAAGCAUUAAUCGAAGCUAGGUUAGGUUUAGGUUCGAUCGUUAAUUUAAAUCAAAAUUCGCGUCGUGAAAGAGAGGGCACACCAGCCACGCUGGGGGGUAGCAAUAGCGAUCAUUUAAAGCUGCCGCGUGUGAAUUUGCCCACCUUCGCAGGAACUUUUGAGGAGUGGAUGCCGUUCCGCAACAUGUUUCGCAGCAUGAUUGACCAGAACGCGGCGUUGCCUAAGGCACAGAAAAUGCAAUAUUUAGUUUCAGCUCUGCGAGGUGAAGCGCGUGAUAUUAUUGGUUCCCUCGAGAUAUCUGACGAGAAUUACACGGAAGCCUGGGAGAUGCUGUUAGAUAGGUACGACGAUUCGGGAGCCAUAAUUCAGAAACAUAUCAAGGCUAUGUUCGAGAUUCAAGCAGUCGCGAAAGAGAAUCAUUUGUCAUUGCGACGCCUAUUGGAUUGUUUCCUGAAGCAUUUGCGCGCGCUAAAGGCAUUAAACAGGCCCAUCGAUAGUUGGGACGAUCUUAUGGUAUAUCUAAUAAGCAGCCGCCUGGAUCCAAAGACAAAUCGAGCUUGGGAAAUCACCGUGAAACAAGGAGAGGCCCCUACUCUCAAGCAGCUAACGGAUUUUUUGGCGCAACACUGCAAGGCCUUGGAGGCGUCAGCACGUACAACGCAGAGCGGAACGCCUGGACAGAAUCUAGGAAAGGGCCACCAAGCCAAGGGCAUUAUCGCGGCCCCGGCUACGAUAAGCAGUAAAUGUACAUACUGCCGAAAGGAAGGGCACCCAAUAUACAAGUGUCCGGAAUAUUUGCAGAUGAGCGUCAAUGAUCGAUUCAAAGAAGCAAGAACACGCAAGCUGUGUCUAAACUGCCUCAAGGUUGCCUCACACAUAGCUAAGAACUGUAGCGGAGGAGCGUGUCGCAGGUGCAAUAAGCGGCACAACACAUUACUUCACAUGGAAUCAUCCUCGGAAGCAACUUCGGAGGCCAUGGCGAAGGAGGUUACAACCGAACAGGAAAAGGUAGUGGCUAUCGGUUUAAGUCACAAAGCUGUGAAGCAAGAAAAUCAAAUCUUACUCGCAACGGCAUUAGUAAACAUAGCGGAUAAUAAUGGCAGGAGUAUAACAUGCAGAGUUCUAUUGGAUAGCGGCUCGCAAUCCUGUUUCAUUACCAGCAGCUGCGUUAAGCGAUUGGCUGUUAAGCCAGUUUCGACGAACGUUCCGAUUUCUGGUUUAGGAGCAAUGUCCACACAAGCUAACAAGAGGGUUAGAAUAACCUUACAAUCAAGAGUGAACAAAUUCUCCACGGUCCUCGACUGCUUGGUGAUAGAACGUAUUACGCAAGCGAUACCCGGUAGUCGGAUUAGCAUGAACGAGCUGCAAGUUCCGGAAGGGAUCUUAUUGGCCGAUCCUGAGUUUUAUAAAUCUUCGGUAGUGGACUUGCUCCUGGGUGCGGAAAUAUUUUUCGACUUAAUGUGCGUAGGCAGAAUCAAGAUUUCAAGAACGCAGCCGACAUGGCAAAAGACUUUGCUAGGCUGGAUAGCUUCGGGAAGCCUGACAUCCGAGGAUCCCAGAGAUAAGGGUGUUGUUUGUAAUUUAGCAGUUUACGAAGAGUUGAACGCGAACCUAGCCCGUUUUUGGCAGAUCGAGCAUCAGGGGAGGCAAAGUACUCGCUCUCCGGAGGAACGUAUAUGCGAGAAGCAUUUUGAGCGUACUUAUCAGCGCAACAAGGAAGGCCGUUUCAUCGUGCGGCUCCCAGUAAAGGAAGAGCAGCUUCAAAAGAUUGGGGAUUCUCAGGAAUCAGCUCUCAGGCGGUUCAACAAUUUGGAGAAGAAAUUCAGCAAGCAGCCCCAGUUAAAGCAGGCUUAUGUAGAGUUUAUGCAAGAAUAUUUGCAAUUAGGGCACAUGCGAGAAGUACAAACCGAGGAGGCAGAUGUUCAGCCGCAAUAUUAUCUAGCGCACCAUUGCGUAUUAAAGGAAUCAAGCACUACUACAAGAUUGAGGGUAGUGUUCGACGCGUCAAGCAAGUCAUCCAGUGGUGUUUCAUUGAACGACGCAUUGAUGGUGGGGCCGGUUGUACAGCAGGAUCUAUUCGCUAUAUUGCUAAGAUUUAGGAGUUUUAAGUACGUAGUGACGUCUGACAUAAGCAAGAUGUACAGGCAGAUAUUCGUGCAUCCAGAGCAAACUUCUUUGCAGCGUAUAAUAUGGAGGGACAACCCAGAGAAAGCUAUUAAGAAGUACGAGUUGCUAACGUUAACGUACGGAACUGCACCAGCAUCGUUCCUAGCUACGAAAAGCAUCCAGCAGUUAGCUAAUUUGGAGGAAAAGCAGUGGCCCGUGGGCGCAGCAGUAGCACGAAGAGAUUUCUACAUGGACGACCUCAUAUCUGGCGCGGAUUCCAUCGGAGAAGCAAAAAUGAUCCGUGAUCAGGUGGCAGCGUUGCUCCUGAAAGGUGGAUUCGUGCUCAGAAAGUGGGCUUCGAAUGACGAAGAAUUAUUGCGAGACGUGCCGGGUGAAAGGAUAGACAACGCAAUUAUGGAGCUUGAUAAGGAUGGCACUACAAAAACUUUGGGUGUCAAAUGGAAUCAUCGCAAGGACGCAUUUCAAUAUUCCAUUAAAGUAGCCUGUACUGCGGGCUGCACGAAGAGGAUAAUGUUGGCUAGCAUAGCGCAAAUAUUUGAUCCGCUCGGGUUAUUGGCGCCUGCAAUAAUAACAGCAAAAAUAUUAAUUCAGGAACUGUGGAGGCUCCAGCUGGAAUGGGACGAAUCGCUACCAGCGGAUAUAUUUGCUAAAUGGUCAAAGUUUACUGAGGACAUGCAAUGUCUGGAUGAAUUCUGCGUGCCACGUCGAGUCGUUGCCGAGGGAUCGUGCUCAGAGGUUCAAUUGCAUGGAUUUUGCGACGCCAGCGAAAGGGCGUAUGGAGCAUGCAUCUAUUUGAAGACUCUCAAUCAAGAUGGUUCGGCUCAAGUCCAGUUGUUGUGCGCCAAGAGCAGGGUAGCCCCGAUCAAAACGGUGUCGAUACCCAGACUCGAGUUAUGCGGAGCUCAGCUGUUAGUUCAAUUAGUUAAUAAAGUCAGAGACGCGUUAGUCAUCAAAUUGUCCAAGACAUAUUAUUGGUCAGACUCAUCUAUCGUUUUACAGUGGAUCAAAUGCACGAAUAAAAGGUUACCGGUCUUCGUUGCGCACAGAGUAGGAGAAAUUCAAGAAUCUACAGCGGCAGCAGAUUGGAACCACGUUGGUAGUAAAGAAAAUCCCGCGGAUUUAGUAUCCCGAGGUACAGCUCCGAGGGAAUUGUGCAACGCUCAGCUAUGGUGGGAAGGUCCUACAUGGCUGAAAGAUAUGGCUCAAGUCAGACCAUGGCGGCAAGAGAAGGAUACGUUAGGGGAUCCAGUAGAACAAGAUUCAGAAUCGAUAGUAGCAUUAACAUCGAAGAUUGCGCCGGACGAUAGCUUCAUGAAUAGAUUUUCAACCUUACAAAGGCUCAUUCGAGUUACGGCAACGUGUCUACGGUUUGCGAAUUUUUGCAGAAAAAAAAGGGAAAAAACAGAUAAGCCAUUAUCAGCAGAAGAAUUAGCUCAGGCGAAAUUAUGUUUAAUUAAAAUGGAGCAAAAUUCGGCUUUUCAUUCGGAGAUAGAAGCGUUAAGAAAAGGUAGGGCGAUUGCGAAUAGUAGUUGCUUAAAAUAUCUUAACCCAUUGCUAGAUAAGGACGACUUGCUACGAGUGGGGGGUAGACUGCGACAUGCGGAUUUGCAGUACGAUGCCAAACACCAAUUAGUACUACCCCAGCGUUCUAGAAUCACUGAAUUGAUAAUUAUGCACGAGCACAUUAGACAUUUUCAUGCCGGGGCUCAAGCAACGUUGGCUGCAGUUCGGCAGUCAUACUGGCCAAUUAGGGCUCGCGGUACAAUUAAGAGAUUAAUCUAUAAAUGCGUUAAAUGUUUCAGAUAUAGACCACGUCACUCGACACAAAUUAUGGGAGACUUGCCGCGCGACAGAGUCUCAGUUUCUAGGCCCUUUGUUAAUGUAGGGGUUGAUUUUUGUGGCCCCAUUCACAUACGAGAGAGAAGGGGAAGAGGGUCCAAGCGAGUUAAGGGAUAUGUUGCUGUGUUCGUUUGCAUGGCCGUCAAGGCUAUACAUUUGGAGGUUGUUUCAGAUCUCACUACAGAGGCAUUUCUUAACGCGUUCAAGCGUUUCAUUGGGCGUCGGGGAAAACCGACCAAUGUAUAUUCGGACAAUGGCACGAAUUUUGUUGGAGCCGACAAAGAGUUAAAGAAGUGCCUAGAGGUAUUUUCACAGGAGCAGAAGGGACGCAAUAUUAUGGACUAUGCGGCUUCGGAAGGCAUAAAAUGGAACUUUAUUCCCGCUCGAGCCCCCCACUUUGGAGGAUUAUGGGAAAGUUCAGUAAAGUCGUUCAAAGCCCAUUUUUAUAAGACAGCUUCAGAUGCGUGUCUGACCUUCGAAGAGGUCUCGACUCUCGUAGUGCAGAUCGAAGGGAUUUUAAACUCGCGCCCGCUGACGGCUAUAUCGGAGGAUCCCAAUGAUUUAGGUUUUCUGUCACCAGGUCAUUUUCUUAUAGGUGCUGCGUUGACCUCUUUUCCAGAGGCGGACUUGUUGGACACUAGGAUUAAUCGACUUUCUAGAUGGCAAUUAAUCGAAAGGAUACGUCAGCAUUUUUGGAAGAGAUGGUCUGCUGAAUAUUUACUGGGCCUUCAAAGACGUAACAAAUGGCCAUCUAAUACAGGACCAACAAUACAAGUCGGGCAAUUAGUCGUUUGCCGCGAAGAUGGAUUGCCGCCGUUAAAAUGGGUACUCGGGCGAGUAUAUGAAGUCAUGCCUGGAGCAGACGGAGUAGUCAGAGCGGCUAAGAUAAAGACAGUCAAUGGAGAAUACAAGCGUCCUGCGGCGAAGCUAUGUGUAUUGCCUAUUGAAGAAGGUCCUAUCUAA